UGAAAUUGUUUAUCUUAUUAAUAGUAACGAUAACGAUUAUUUUUUAUCUUUAUCAAAACAAUGAUGAAACUUAAUCUAAAUAUAUCAGAAUCCACUAUUUCAUUAAUUUAUUGGGUCCUAAUCUUCCUAUUUCUCUCCAUCAAAGCAACAACAAUAAUAAGCUCCUAUCCAAGUAUAGGUACAAUGUAUAGUCGUGUCUCAAGUCAGUACAAUUUCCAUCCGACGUAUUUUGAAAUUUAUGACAGAUCUACAGAACAUAACUGUGACCGAUUAAUUAUUGUUCAUCCCUUCGACUGGUACAUCUGGGCUUGUAAUGGUUAUGUUUACGUGUUAAACACAUUAUUGGAGUACGAUUGUCCUGGUAAUUCAUACCCAGCAGUGAUUAUUGAUGCCAAUGUUGUAAAAAGCAAUCAUCUUCAAGUUUCUUGUAUCAUAACAGAUUGUCAGACUAUAUUGAAUGAAUAUAAAUUUAGUAAACAAAAAAGAAUCAAUUUUAAUAUUGAAGAUAUUGUUGAUAAAAAUAAAAAAUUAACAUUGAUAGAGGUAUUAAAUUAUUUGUUUGAGAAAUAUAUUACUAUUAAAGAUGAUGACAAGAUAUUAGAUUCUGAUAUUAAAGUUGUUCAUCCUUUUUCAAGGAGGGAUUUAGAAUCAUUGAAAGCUAUUCUUGCACAAGGGUAAAAAAACAUAACAAUCAGAGUGAAAUUGUACUACAAAAAUUCCAAAAAUUUCCAUAAUAAAUUGAGAAAGCCGUUUAUUGUAAAAGUUUAUAAUCAAUUUUUGCUAAAAAAUUUUUAGAUUAAAAAACAC